AUGGCCGAAGCAGAACCCAAGAUCAGCUUCCAACAGAUCGACGUCGACCUCGACGUACAAGAGAUCCUCCUCGCCGCCUCACAACACGACCUCGCGAAGCUGCGCCGUCUCGUCCGCACCCAAUCGUCCCUCCCAGACGCAGCGAACGUCAAGGACCCUGAAACCGGAUACUCACCCCUCCACUCCGCAAUCGCAGCCUGCGAGCCCGAGACCGAAGAACAAGCCAAAGGCGAUGCCUCUAAGAUUGAUGCGGAGACUCUAAAAUCUGGCGUGGAGACCGUCAAGCUCCUCCUGCAGGAGGGCGCGAUCUGGAACGACCUCGAUAACAACAAUGAGACACCGGGCUGUCUUGCGCGCCGAAUUGGCGCCCUGGAGCUCUACGAUCUUAUCGUGGACGCGGGUGUGCGGGCUGAAAUGCUUCUAAACCGAUUGGACGGGUACGAAGAGCUCUCCGACGACGAAGACGAUAUCAAAGAGAGCGGGGAGAAGGCCGAAGGUGCAGAAGCCGAGACUGAAACCGAGGCGCCGGAGCUGGUGGAUGUGACGGCCGAGCAGGCCGCGACUAUCAUCGCCAAUGCGAAUGCCGAGGCCGAAACUGUUGCCAACCCCGACGUGACGAAUGUGAAGUACCUCGACUCAAACCUGAAUAUCCAGAAAGACCGCAUUCUCGACUCCGACCAGAACGGCGUCAUGAUGCAGUGGGAGAGCGAUAUCAUGAAGAAAUCUGCCGUGGCGCUGCUCCCGCGCCCCGGUCUGAAGGUUCUUAAUAUUGGACAUGGAAUGGGGAUUGUGGAUGGGUUUUUUCAGGAACAGAGUCCUGCCGAGCAUCAUAUUAUCGAGGCGCAUGCGGAUGUUGCGGCUGAGAUGAAGAAGCGCGGUUGGGAUAAGAAGCCUGGUGUGGUGAUUCAUGAGGGCCGGUGGCAGGAUAUUUUGCCUGGGCUUGUGGGCGAGGGCGUCACUUUUGAUGCGAUCUAUUAUGAUACCUUUGCUGAGUCGUAUGCGGAUUUCCGCGAAUUCUUUUCCGAGCAGGUUAUUGGUUUGUUGGAGCAGGAAGGAAAGUGGGGAUUCUUUAAUGGGAUGGGGGCUGAUCGGCAGAUCUCCUAUGAUGUUUAUCAGAAGGUGGCCGAGAUGGACCUGUUCGAGGCUGGAUUUGAUGUUGAGUGGGAAGAUAUCCCUGUGCCCAAGUUGGAGGGUGAGUGGGAGGGAGUGAGAAGGGCCUACUGGGUGGUAGAAAACUACCGUCUGCCGCUGUGCCGGUUCAUGGAAUGA